CUUAGUGCCAGAGUGCGAGAAGGAAGAGCGUGCAGUGAAUUCUUUCAUUCAUUCAGAGGAGAGGAAGAGAAGCAGAAACCGACAUGGGGAUGAAGAAUCGGAGAGGCAUGACCAGGACUUGGUCCAAAGCAACUCUCAAAGUUCGGUAUUAUCAUCAGCUCCUAAGCGACACCAGAUUGUCAGAUGGGAAGCAAGUGGCGAAUUUGGAGCAGGCUCUGUUCGAUCUGUUCAAAAAUGAAGCGGAUAAGGUCCCCGUGAACAAGUUCUUAUACGCUCUGGAGACGACGGGAGUGCGGAGGGACGAUCCAAGGAUCAAAGAGACAUUGCGGAACCUGGAACUGGUUGCCAGGGAGGGCAAGGGUGAAGGGAAGGAAGAGGACGAGGAUUUCACCUCCAUCGACAAUCUCCUCGUCGACCUAAGCACCUUCAAACGGUUCGUUCUUGUCCCUUAUGUCCUUUCUAUCUCGCCGGCAUCGCACGAAACAGUGCAUGUGCCUACGGUACUUGGGCUCUUGUAUUGCAGAUGCAUUUCAGACAACAUCGUCUUGAUCUCCAAGGCGUUUCGUCAGCAGUUCGUCAUUCCGGAAUUCGUCCAAUUCACUUGCAAGAUCGAAGAAACUUUCCGAUUGUGCUCGGAAAACAAGGAUGGAAAGGUGGCGUCCUACAUCCCUCAAUUGGCCCACAUGAAUCCGAAUUAUUGGGGAGUGUCAUUUUGCACCGUGGACGGCCAAAGGUUCUCCAUCGGCGACGACAACAUCCCUUUCACCAUGCAAUCCGCCAGCAAGGUGCUGACGUACGUGAUUGCCCAUUCGGAGUUGGGUGCGGAGCGGAUCCACAGUUACAUCGGCCAGGAACCCAGCGGGAGGAUGUUCAACGAACUCGUCCUCAAUCACAACCGCAAGCCGCACAACCCGAUGAUCAAUGCCGGCGCCAUUCUCACAGCUUCUCUUCUCCAAAAUCUCGUCCGACCCGAAAUGCGACACUGCGACAAGUUCCAGUGGAUCACACGCUACUUCAAGAGGCUGGCAGGGGGGAUGCCGAUCGGAUUCAACAAUGCCGUCUUCAUGUCCGAGAUCGAGGAUGCCGACCGAAACUUUGCCCUCGCUUAUUACAUGAAGGAUAACCAUUGCUUCCCCGAGGGGACCAACAUGGAGUCCUGUCUCGACCUCUACUUCCAGUGUUGUUCGAUGGAGGUAACGACGGAGACGAUGUCUGUGAUAGCAGCCACACUGGCCAACGGGGGAGUCUGUCCCAUCUCGGGGGAACAAGUCCUUCAAAGCGAAUCCGUUCGAGAUGCUCUCUCCAUCAUGCACUCUUGCGGCAUGUACGACUAUUCGGGUCAAUUCGCUUUCCAGGUGGGUCUGCCGGCGAAGUCAGGCGUGAGUGGCGUCAUCAUGUGCGUCGUCCCAAACACGCUUGGAAUCUGCUGUUUCUCUCCUCCCCUGGACAAGUAUGGAAAUUCCGUCCGGGGUGUCCAGUUUUGCAAGGCUCUGGUGGACUACUUUAACUUCCAUCGGUACGACAAUCUGAAGCACGCCGAGGACAAGACGGACCCCAGACGACACAAAUAUGAAACCAAAGGACUAUACAUAGUUUCCUUGCUCUUCAGCGCUGCGGCUGGUGAUGUGAAGGCCCUUCGAAGGUACCGGUUAAGCGGAAUGGAUAUGUGUCAGUGUGACUAUGAUGGGAGGACGGCGCUUCACUUGUCCGCUGCCGAAGGUCACCUGGAGUGCGUAGAAUUCCUGCUCGCCUGCGGAGUUUCUGCUAGGGCCAAGGACAGGUACUGCCCUUGCCCUCUGCCCGUGCUAUUCCUAUUCCCUUGUAUGCUAGCAAGAUGGGGUCACUUCCCUAUCGAUGACGCCCGAAGCUUCGGUCACCCGAAGGUUAUUCAGCUGCUGGAGAAACACAUGAACAAGAUCGCAGAGGAAGAGGCAGAGCAUCCAGAGGCAUUGUUCCAUGUGUCCAACAGUGAGGACAACUUCCUUCUAUUAGAUUCCGACAGUGACUCGAAGGCCAACUCGGAAGAGAGCCAGAAGAUACAUGAAUCUAUUGCUCCUCCGAAGGCGACAAUAGUAAAUAACAAGCCUCCCAUCCCUCCGAAGACAAAUCUGCUCGUCAGUGCUUAAUAGUUUCUCCUUUUAUUUCUAUCCUCAACCUAUAUGUAGUAAAAACAGUGUAUGCCCCAGAAUCAUUUAAAAGUUAAUAAAUUGGGUCCCA